AUGGAUGAAAUUUCAUAUGCAUCAGCAUUAGGGAGUUUGAUGUAUGCCCAGACUUGCACUAGACCGGAUAUUAGUUUUGCAGUAGGGAUGCUGGGCAGUUAUCAAAGUAAUCCAGGAAUGGAACAUUGGAAAGCAGUGAAGAAGGUUAUGAGGUAUCUCCAAGGAACUAAGGACUAUAUGCUUACUUAUAGCAAAUCGGAUCAUUUGGAUGUGAUCGGAUACUCGGACUCUGAUUUUGCUGGCUGUCACGAUAGCAAAAAGUCUACAUCAGGUUAUGUCUUUCUAUUAGCUGGUGAGGCAGUGUCAUGGAAGAGUGUGAAGCAAUCCAUUAUUGCUUCAUCUACAAUGGAGGCUGAGUUUGUGGCGUGCUUUGAGGCCACAGGUCAUGCGUUAUGGUUGCGGAACUUCAUUUCUGAUCUUGGUGUUGUCGACUCAAUUGCCAGACCGAUGAAGAUUUAUUGUGAUAAUUCCGCUGCAGUUUUCUUCUCGAAGAAUGGAAAGUACUCUAGUGGUUCGAAACACAUGGAAGUAAAGUACUUGGUUGUUAGAGAACGAGUCUAG